CAGGGAGGCUGCACGAGGAGGCGGCAACGGCGCGGCACGGAGCUGAGCCGAGCCGGCGGCGUCCUGCGGGAACACUCGCGCACACACACAGAGACACGCGCACACACAGACACUCGCGCACACACACAGAGACACGCGCACCGUUGCCAUGGAUCGCUUCCUGGGCUUCGUCAGGCAGAUCCGGAGGUCCAGGCGCCGUAAGGGGAAGAAGUACCGGCCGGAGGAGGACUACCACGAGGGCUACGAGGACGUCUACUACUACGCCUCCGAGCACCCGCACCAUGAGGGUCCGUACUCAAAGCCCUCCAAUUCCUCCAAGCCGCCGGAUGGAGCGCUGGCCAUCAGGAGACAGAGUAUCCCAGAUGAGUUCAAGGGCUCCACCGUGGUGGAGCUGAUGAAGAAGGAGGGAACCACCCUGGGCCUGACGGUGUCCGGCGGCAUCGACAAGGACGGCAAGCCCCGCGUGUCUAACCUGCGGCAGGGCGGCAUCGCGGCCAGGAGCGAUCAGCUGAGCGUGGGCGACUACAUCAAGUCCGUCAAUGGGAUCAACCUGACCAAGUUCCGGCAUGACGAGAUUAUCAGCCUGCUAAAGAACGUGGGGGAGCGCGUGGUCCUGGAGGUGGAGUACGAGCUGCCUCCUGUCUCUGUGCAGGGGUCUGGGGUGAUGUUCAAGACCGUGGAGGUGACACUGCACAAAGAGGGCAACACGUUUGGAUUCGUCAUACGAGGGGGUUCCCACGAGGACAGGAACAAGUCUCGCCCGGUUGUCAUAACAACCGUCCGGCCGGGCGGCCCGGCUGACAGGGAAGGCACCAUCAAGGCUGGGGACCGGCUGCUGAGUAUCGACGGCAUCCGUUUGCAUGGCACCUCCCACGCCGAGGCCAUGAGCAUCCUGAAGCAGUGCGGCCAGGAGGCCACGCUGCUCAUCGAGUACGAUGUGUCUGUCAUGGAUUCUGUGGCCACAGCCUCAGGUCCCCUGCUGGUGGAAGUGGCCAAAUCCCCAGGUUCCAGCCUGGGAGUAGCUCUGUCUACCUCUAUGUACUGUAACAAGCAGGUCAUCGUCAUCGACAAGGUGAAGCCUGCCAGCAUUGCUGACAGGUGUGGGGCGCUGCAUGCAGGCGACCACAUCCUGUCGGUCGAUGGCACCAGCAUGGAGUACUGCACACUGGCGGAGGCCACCCAGCUGCUGGCCAGUGCCUGCGAGCACGUCAAGAUGGAGAUACUGCCUCACCACCAGACACGGCUGGCCCUCAAGGGCCUGGAGCACGUCAAGGUGCAGCGCAGCAACCGGCCGCUUCCCUGGGAAUCCGGGUGCAACAGCAACAGCAGCUUCCUCCCCUACCAACACUAUAACACCUACCAUCCCGACCAUUCCAGGACUCAGGCCUCCAAAUCCCAGAAAUCCGCUCCACACAACCCUCCACUGGGCUCCUCUUUUUCUCCUACCUCCAUGAGCGCGUACAGCCUGAGUUCCCUCAACAUUGGCACCCUGCCCCGCAACAUGUACCCCACCAGCCCCCGCAGCACCAUGAUGAGGCGCAAACUCAAGAAGAAGGACUACAAGAGCUCCUUAUCCCUGGCCUCCAGCACGCUGGGUUUGGCCGGGCAGGUGGUCCACACCGAGACCACCGAGGUGAUGCUGCUCAGCGAGUCCAUCAUGGGGUUUGGCAUCCAGUUGCAGGGUGGUGUCUUCGCCACCGAGACCCUGACCUCGCCUCCGCUCAUCGCUUACAUUGACCCCGACAGCCCUGCCGAGAGGAGCGGAGUCCUGCAGAUCGGCGACCGCAUCCUGGCCAUCAACGGCAUCCCCACCGAGGAUAGCACCCUGGAGGAAGCCAACCAGCUGCUGCGAGACUCCAGCAUCACCAGCAAGGUCACCCUGGAGAUCGAGUUCGACGUUGCAGAGUCAGUCAUCCCCAGCAGCGGAACCUUCCAUGUGAAGCUCCCCAAGAAGGCCGGAGUGGAGCUGGGAAUCACCAUCAGCUCCCCAUCCAGCCGGAAACCUGGGGAUGCUCUCAUCAUCUCGGACAUUAAGAAGGGCAGUGUAGCUCACAGAACGGGCACCCUAGAGCUGGGCGACAAGCUGCUAGCGAUUGACAACAUCCGACUGGACAACUGCUCCAUGGAGGACGCUGUGCAGAUCCUGCAGCAGUGCGAGGAAUUGGUGAAGCUCAAGAUCCGCAAGGACGAAGACAACUCGGACGAGCAGGAAAGCUCCGGUGCCAUCAUCUACACGGUGGAGCUGAAACGGUACGGAGGCCCUCUGGGCAUCACCAUCUCAGGCACCGAGGAGCCCUUCGACCCCAUCAUCAUCUCCAGCCUGACCAAAGGCGGCCUGGCAGAGAGGACUGGUGCCAUCCACAUUGGCGACCGCAUUCUGGCCAUCAAUAGCAACAGCCUGAAGGGGAAGCCACUGAGUGAGGCCAUCCACCUACUACAGAUGGCAGGGGAGUCGGUCACGCUCAAGAUCAAGAAGCAGGGCGAGGUGACAAGCCCGAAAAGGUCGCCAGUUUCGGGCCACCUGAGUGAACUCAACGACAUGGAGGACGAGGCAGAGAUGCUGCAGAAGCCUGGCAAGCUGUCGGACAUCUACUCUACCACCAUCCCCAGCGUGGACAGUGCCGUGGAGUCCUGGGACGGGUCGGCCAUCGACGCGGCGCUCAGCAGCCAAGGCCCAGUGUACCAGGCCUCCGGAUACAGCUUCCACGGCCACGAGUGGAGGAACGCCAAGGCGCGGGGCAGCCUGUCCCCCCUCGGCUCACGCCAGAGGAACAACAUCUUUCAGGACCUGGGGCUGAGUGACGACGAGUGGGACCGGCCCACAGCCAGCGGGUUCACUGUGGGCCAUGACGGCACGGAGCCUGAUCAGGAGGAGAACUUUUGGUCCCAGGCCCUGGAGGACUUGGAGACGUGUGGCCAGUCCGGGAUCCUGCGGGAACUGGAGGACAAGCCAGACAGGCCUCUGAAUAAGAAAAACUUGACCAUGCUGGCCACCAUCAUGUCGGGCAGCACCCUGAGCCUGAACCACGACCCGGCGUCCAUGCGCAGCCAGCUGGGCCGGCAGGCCAGCUUCCAGGAGCGCAGCACCAGCCGACCUCAAUAUACGGCGGCCUGCCGCAGCAACACGCUGCCCAGCGACUCAGCCCGCAAGGCCUUCGCCUCGCGCAGGAUGAAACAGGAGAUCGAGGACAUCAUGUCGCCCACGCCGGUGGAGCUGCACAAGGUGACGCUCUACAAAGAGUCAGACACAGAAGAUUUCGGUUUCAGUGUGUCGGACGCGCUCCUGGAGAAGGGGGUCUAUGUGAACACUGUACGGCCUGGCGGACCAGGAGAGCUGGGCGGGCUGAAGCCCUAUGACAGGCUACUUCAGAUUAACCAUGUCCGCACCAGAGAUUUUGAUUGCUGUCUGGUGGUUCCUCUGAUUGCCGAGUCGGGGAACAAGCUGGACCUGGUGAUCAGCAGGAAUCCACUGGCUUCCCAGUCCUCUGGAAACCCAGCCCAGAUGCCUGCAGAGGCACCGGUGACCUGGUGUGAGCCGGGAAACGGGUCCCAGCAGCAAAGCCCCAGGCUCACAAGAGUGGAGGCCAGAGACCCAACCAAGACCUUAUAGCAGUGGAGGAUGGAGCUGACGGACUGUUUGGAUUGUUCUCCAUGGUGCUAAAAACCACACGACCAAUGUUCCUCUGGGAAGUAGGGCCGUUCCAUCAAAGCACACUGAAUUCCUCCCCUCCAGAUAUGAGACCGUGUCACAGUGACAAUUCUGCUGAAGCUACUGCUUCACUAGUAGUUGCCUGAAGUUGAUGUGUGUUUCAGUCCCAAAAUGACAGCCUUGGAUGACUACUUAUUAGUUGAGGUGAAAAACGUGGUGGGGGGUGGGGGGCGCAAAACUGUGCCAUCCUUCAUUUCUAGACACAGCUGGAGAGUGAUGCUUCAAAAACCAUGUAAGACCAUUAGGGGCAACUUCCGGGGACUGGACAAGUUUGGAUUAUGCCAAGGCCGUUGAAAAUCCUGCUCCCCAGCAAGGUGUCCAUUCUUGUCUGGCUCAAAUGAACAAAAAACACAGACUGCCUCAUGCAGCACAUAGUAGUAGUCUGUCGCCAAUAUUUAUUUUUAUACUGUAACCACCCCCCCCCCCCCCAAAAAAAAAAAAAAAACUGUAAAUACAUUUCCUCAAGUGGUUUCAGUGUCUGAAUCGUUCUCCAAGAAGGACUACAUGGGGGAAACUGGAACAUCUGCAUUAGUCAGUGUUCUUCAAAAAAACCAGACUAGCCCAGUGUUUUCAUUUCUGGGUUUCAGCAGAAUGCAUGAGGCCACUUAACACUAUUUCCCGUUUGAAUAGGUGAACUAAUCAGGGAUGGAACAAUACCUUGGAUUUCCAAGUACCAAAUAAAUCUAAUCAUGUGAGCUCUCCAGACACUGCUGUCUGCGUCUGUCUGGCAAAGCCUUGGGGGAUUCGUGGAUGUGGCUCUCUUCACAAAAUUCUGAUAUAGGAAAAUAUUAGGCAGCGGUAAUAAAGCACCUUAUCCUAAAUUUGAACAUAGAUCUAUUUUUAUGAAUAGAUGCAUAGUAAUACAGAAAGAACAUUUAUGCGACAGAGCAAUCUGGAGAGCUUGUGCGAGUUGCUGUAUGACUACCAAGUGAGACGGUUAGAUAUGUGUUUGCCUGACCCCCCCUCCCCCUUUCCUCAAAACCAGAACUUCCUCACCUUAGCUUUGCAUGCGUGCAAUAAGGGCAUUUCAGGGGCAGAUACUGCACCUCCGGUGAUCAUCCAUAUGCCUCACGGUAGACGUGUAACUCGCCUCGUACGGCUUAUUUCCCCGUCCUGUAAGUUGAGUAGAUUAUCCUUUACCUAAGGACAGCUGGAGACGGCAAACUGCUGCUUGCUGUUCACACCAAAAAAAAAAAGAAAAAAAAAAAGAUGCCAGUGUUGAGAACGCCCUGGGUAUCAUAUGCAAACUCAUCCAACCUUCACUGCUAUCCAGGGGGCUAAAUGCCUGCGAUGAGCUGGAAGCACAUAUAAAACGCUAAAAGGCAUCAGCAGUGACCAGGGAUGGCAUGUUCUGGCCAAUGGGCACCCGAAGUCACACCGGUGUCCCCCCCUUUGUACAAAGAUGGCUGCGUUGCUCCCCUGGAGGCUAGAGAAACCCUUUUAAUCUGUAUACAUGUUAGCUGUCUGAAAACUGUUUGUAAUUUGUGGUGACCCCAAUUAACCCAAUUAAUAAAAUAGCAAGGGGGGGAAAAAAAACUUCAUUUAAAUGAAUCCACUCUUCAAGUUAAAAAAAAAAAGAGCAUGAUUUAAAAAAAAAAAAGUGAAAAUGUGCUUUUUAUACCUAAGUGAAUAUGAAUUUAUUUGUGUGAACCUGGCAAAAGAGGAAUGUUUUGUAUGUUUACUUGUUUUCUUGAUGAGCCCCCCCCCCCCCCCCCCCCCACCCCCCCAAAAAAAAAAAAGUUAUCACUAGAUGUAUAAGAGCACUUGUGUUUCUCCAGAGCUCCCAGUUUGGUGACUCGCCACUGCGUCGGUCCAGAAUAACUUCAUAUUUCUUUCACUUAGUGUGGCAGUGACAAUAUACAGAAACUUUUAAAGGCUGCUUAUAACAGAAAUCCACUACCUGUGUCUGUGAAUUAGUGGCUGUGAUGUUACCGUUGUGGUCAGUGCUCACAUUCUGUCUACUCAAUUUCACACACGCAGCAGUUGCGCGAUACACGUUGCAGUCCUGUUCACCGAAGCGUACCUCCCAGUUGAGAGGACCUUCACUGUUUGCCAUGUGUCAUUUAUAAACGUCUAGCGUGGCCUCUGUUCACUAGAGUUUUAAGGCCUCCUCUCUUAGUCAAUAGUACACAGGGGAUGUGACAUAAUUUAGGCAUGAUUACUCUCUAAAAACAGGCCUUUACAUCAUCCAUUUACUAUUUUCAUUUUGUAUCCCAUCAGCCAUGCUCAGCAUCCCCUGUUUGUCUGCUGGAAACACACCUUUGUGUAUUUCCAGAUCCUUACAACUCUUCAUUUUCAGAUUAAUCUCACUUACCUGCUUUUCCCACAGACAUCCAGGCCUUUGAGUUAAUUCUCAGAUAUUUUAAAAUCCAUGUAUUCACCUAGAAAUUAGCACUGCCAAUGAAAUCUCGCACCACACACACACACACACACACUGCAAGUAAACGUUCACAUUAAAAUCCCUGAAAUACUGUAUUUUUAUUUUUAUUGAGCGAGUAUUAUAAACUGUAAAGUAUUUUUGUACAAAUUUAAUACUUUGGUAGCAUGAUAUUUAUCGUCUAUGUAUGACUUUGAGAAUUCCACAGUUGUAAACCUUUGUAUGGAGAAAGACAAUAAACAAUAGCGGAGUGGCUGCUGCUGA